CUCGUCCUCACCGCUCACAACACCCAUCGAACGAUGGCCGACCCGUCCAGCAGCUCUUCCGCCGCACCGCCCUUCUCCCCAGAGCCGAUCAAGGGCCUGCACAGCAACGGCGACCACUCGUCGACGCUCCACGAGCGGCCCGACAUCGUCACCCAGCCGCAGAGGCCUGUCGUGCAAGUGCAGCCGCUGCGCAAGGAGGCGAUGCAGCCCUCGUACGCGCAGACCCUUCCCGGAGCGUCGAUGAACCACGGCGCGUACGGCAGCAUGAUCGACUGCCUCGGAGGAGUGUGUGGCACGAUCGGGUCCAUUCCCUGCUGCUUCUGUUUCCCCAACCCGUUCAGGACGGUCAACCAGGGAGCUGUCGGCCUCAUCACUCGCUUCGGCCAGUUCGUCAAGGCCGUCGACCCCGGCCUCGUCAAGGUCAACCCGUUCUCUGAGAAGCUCAGCGUCAUCGACGUCAAGAUCCAGGUCGUCGAGAUCCCGGUUCAGCAGACUCUCACCAAGGACAACCUCCAGGCCGCCGUCGAGUCGGUCAUCGUCUACAGCAUCGUGUCGCCGUACCACGCCGCCUUCUCCAUCUCGAACGUCCGCCAGGCGCUCAUCGAGCGCGCCCAGACGACCCUGCGCGAUGUCGUCGGCACUCGCACGCUCCAGGGCCUCCUCACGGACCGCGAGGGCGUCGCGGCCGAGAUUGAGCAGAUCAUCGAGGGCGUGAGCGAGAACUGGGGCGUCAGGGUCCAGAACCUCCUCAUCAAGGACAUCGCUAUCCCGACCGAGGUCCAGGCGUCGCUCUCGUCGGCUGCGCAGCAGCGCCGUCUCGGCGAGGCCAAGGUCAUCGCCGCCCAGGCCGAGGUCGACUCGGCGCGGCUCAUGCGCGAGGCCGCCGACAUCCUGAGCAGCAGCGCCGCCAUCCAGAUCCGCCAGCUCGAGGCCCUGCAAGGCAUGGCGCGCUCGGCCAACGCCAAGGUCAUCUUUGUUCCCAUGAACCUCUUUGGCGGUGGCGGCAACGGCUCGGGCGACAACGGCCUCAUCAACAACGCAGCGAUGCAGGAGGCCCUCAGCCGCGACACGCUCAUGAGUCCCGCGUGACGUUUAGUUCCCUCGCUUUUCCUCUCCGCUUAAUUCUCGUCGUGUCCCUCCUUGUACACCCCUCAGUGCCGAAUGAACGACGUGCCCUUGUUUC